AUGGAGGCUGCAACAAGCUCUAGGAUUAUGCCCCAAAUGCACAAUUCUGAACCGCUGCGGCCCAAGACUAAAGUCAUAUCAUCUCUCUUCAACACAUCUCCUAAUUGGAGUGGCUUGAAAAGUAUGGCUGAACUGUCACUGAGACUUCCUGUGCAGAAAAAAGGCACAGCUGGAAGAACGUUUUGUUCGGCUGGGGUGUGCACAUUUCCAGGCGACACAAUUGGAUCCCAUGCUCAUUCAACAGACGAAAAAAUAGGAGUGAUGCUUUUGAAUCUUGGAGGGCCCGAGUCCCUGCAAGAUGUUCAGCCUUUCUUGUUCAAUUUGUUUGCCGAUCCUGAUAUCAUUCGCCUUCCAAGGUUGUUCCGAUUUCUUCAACGUCCUCUUGCGCAAUUAAUUUCAGUUUUGCGAGCUCCUAAAAGUAAAGAAGGUUAUGCUGCCAUUGGAGGUGGUUCGCCGUUGCGUAAAAUAACGGAUGAGCAGGGGAAUGAAUUAAAAUUGGCACUAGAAGCUAAAGAAGUUUCUGCAAAUGUCUAUGUGGCCAUGCGGUACUGGCAUCCAUUCACUGAGGAAGCUGUCCAUCAGAUAAAAAGAGACAGGAUUACAAAGCUCGUGGUAUUGCCACUCUAUCCACAGUAUUCUAUUUCGACAACAGGAUCAAGCAUCCGUGUUCUUCGUGACAUGUUUAGGAAUGACUCUCAUCUGUCGAGGCUGCCUGUUGCCAUCAUUCAGUCAUGGUAUCAACGGGAAGGUUAUAUUAAGUCUAUGGGCGAUUUAAUUGAAAAGGAAUUGGAGAUUUUUCCAGACCCAGAAGAGGUUAUGAUAUUCUUCAGUGCACACGGAGUUCCUGUCAGCUAUGUUGAGGAUGCAGGUGAUCCGUACAGGGAUCAGAUGGAAGACUGUAUUUUGCUAAUAAUGCAAGAACUUAAAUCUAGAGGAAUAAUGAAUAAUCAUACAUUGGCUUACCAGAGCCGUGUGGGUCCUGUGCAGUGGUUGAAACCAUAUACCGAUGAAGUGCUUGUCGAGCUUGGUCAGCAAGGUGUAAAGUCUCUUCUGGCUGUUCCAGUGAGUUUUGUGAGUGAGCACAUAGAAACCCUUGAAGAAAUCGACAUGGAGUACAGAGAAUUGGCCCUUAAAUCUGGUAUUGUUAAUUGGGGUCGUGUUCCCGCUCUAAACUGCACAUCUUCCUUCAUCUCAGACCUUGCGGAUGCAAUUAUUGAAGCACUCCCUUCGGCCGAGGCAAUAUCAACCACCUCAAGCUCCACAUCAGAUGAGGCCAAGAAUGAUCUCUUUAAAUACGCUAUCAAAAUGUUGUUUGGUUCUGUCGUAGCUUUCAUUCUGUUGCUAUCACCAAAAGUAAUAUCAGCUUUCAGGAAUUACGUGUUGUAG